AUGUAGUCGGCACAUACCCUGAUUGCAAAGCCGCCACCGCACCAGCCGUCAGACUCAGGCAAUCCUUCCACAGUAAUGUUGCAAUCUCUCUUUCCUGUUAUUCGCAAAACCUCCGCACGACUAGGAGCAAGAUCGCUGUUCACGUCCAUUCCGUGCCGUGCCGACCCCUGGGUCCUGCCGAACACCCCCGAGCACAUCAAGCAAACCGCUCCCCCAGAAGAUGCCGCCGAGUCGCCAGUUCUCUCUGAAUUCCCUCCUAUACCACGACCAGGGGAGACUCCGGAGAAGACGCGCAGCCGCUUGCUGUACCAGGUGAGAAAGCGGGGGACGCUAGAGACGGAUCUGCUUCUUAGCACGUUCGCGACGAGGCAGACGCUGGAUGCGAUGAGCGUCGAGGAGUUGCGCGAGUUCGAUAAACUGCUUGACGAGCCUGACUGGGAUAUCUACUACUGGUCUACCGAGAAACGAACUCCCCCUCCGCGGUGGCAAAAUAGCACGAUCCUCGAGAAACUAAGAAAGCAUGCAAAGAACGAAGGAAAGGAAGUGCGCCGGAUGCCAGAUUUGUGACAAAAUCAGAUUGGUUGAGGGAAUGUCCGCCCCGCGUACUGGAAACUACAUUUGUGUCUUAGCUGCUGUACUACCAUCUGAAUACCUGCGGGGAUAGGUCUACGAUUACAGUCGGCUUGUCGGAGAUGAAUGCGUGCUGUAGGUCUCGUCCUGAGCGGAUUCUGAAUUAAAAACGCAUUGAGGAAGAGCUCGGUCAGAUCCAG